UGUUACUUUGGUGAUCCCAGAUGUCAGCAACAUUUUCCCUUUGAUUCUUGACAUUGUAUGAGAGUUGUGUCUGAGAUGAAAGGACUAGUAGAGAGCUAAAUUUAGCACAGUGAGGUGGACAGAGUUAUUGCUAGAAACAUAUUUUCAAGUGUUGAAUUUUUAACUUUUCCCAAAAAGAAUUGGAGAAUCUCAACAAUGUGACUAUUUCUCUGUCUCAACAUUAAUUUUUACAAGACAAACGAAAAUAAACAUGAAAAAUUUAAAUGAGGCACUAAAGGAAAUUGUCUGAAUACACACACCCAAAUGGGUACAACUACUGAAAUCUGGUGGAGGCCACACGGUGGCGCUGCAGGCUAAAGAGACGGUUUGGGAAUUGCUCUGAGGAUGCUAUGCAAGUCACUAAUAAAGGAAGACACGGACAGAUGAACUUAAAAGAGAAGCUUUAGUUGCCAAAGAUUGGGAAAGGGAAAGGACAAAAAAGACCCCUGGGCUACACGGCGUAGGUGCAGGGUUUCCUACUGCUGUUCUUUUAUGCUGGGAGCUGUGGCUGUAACCAACUAGGAAAUAACGUAUGCAGCGGCUAUGGCUGUCAGAGAGUUGUGCUUCCCAAGACAAAGGCAAGUCCUGUUUCUUUUUCUUUUUUGGGGAGUGUCCUUGGCAGGUUCUGGGUUUGGACGUUAUUCGGUGACUGAGGAAACAGAGAAAGGAUCCUUUGUGGUCAAUCUGGCAAAGGAUCUGGGACUAGCAGAGGCGGAGCUGGCUGCAAGGGGAACCAGGGUGGUUUCCGAUGAUAACAAACAAUACCUGCUCCUGGAUUCACAUACCGGGAAUUUGCUCACAAAUGAGAAACUGGACCGAGAGAAGCUGUGUGGCCCUAAAGAGCCCUGUAUGCUGUAUUUCCAAAUUUUAAUGGAUGAUCCCUUUCAGAUUUACCGGGCUGAGCUGAGAGUCAGGGAUAUAAAUGAUCACGUGCCAGUAUUUCAGGACAAAGAAACAGUCUUAAAAAUAUCAGAAAAUACAGCUGAAGGGACAGCAUUUAGACUAGAAAGAGCACAGGAUCCAGAUGGAGGACUUAACGGUAUCCAAAACUACACGAUCAGCCCCAACUCUUUUUUCCAUAUUAAUAUUAGUGGCGGUGAUGAAGGCAUGAUAUAUCCAGAGCUAGUGUUGGACAAAGCACUGGAUCGGGAGGAGCAGGCAGAGCUCAGCUUAACCCUCACAGCGCUGGAUGGUGGGUCUCCAUCCAGGUCUGGGACCUCUACUGUACGCAUCGUUGUCUUGGACGUCAAUGACAAUGCCCCACAGUUUGCCCAGGCUCUGUAUGAGACCCAGGCUCCAGAAAACAGCCCCAUUGGGUUCCUUAUUGUUAAGGUAUCGGCAGAAGAUGUAGACUCUGGAGUCAACGCGGAAGUAUCCUAUUCAUUUUUUGAUGCCUCAGAAAAUAUUCGAACAACCUUUCAAAUCAAUCCUUUUUCUGGGGAAAUCUUUCUCAGAGAAUUGCUUGAUUAUGAGUUAGUAAAUUCUUACAAAAUAAAUAUACAGGCAAUGGACGGUGGAGGCCUUUCUGCAAGAUGUAGGGUUUUAGUGGAAGUAUUGGACACCAAUGACAAUCCCCCUGAACUGAUCGUAUCAUCAUUUUCCAACUCUGUUGCUGAGAAUUCUCCUGAGACGCCGCUGGCUGUUUUUAAGAUUAAUGACAGAGACUCUGGAGAAAAUGGAAAGAUGGUUUGCUACAUUCAAGAGAAUCUGCCAUUCCUACUAAAACCUUCUGUGGAGAAUUUUUACAUCCUAAUUACAGAAGGCGCGCUGGACAGAGAGAUCAGAGCCGAGUACAACAUCACUAUCACCGUCACUGACUUGGGGACACCCAGGCUGAAAACCGAGCACAACAUAACCGUGCUGGUCUCCGACGUCAAUGACAACGCUCCCGCCUUCACCCAAACCUUCUACACUCUGUUCGUCCGUGAGAACAACAGCCCCGCCCUGCACAUCGGCAGCGUCAGCGCCACAGACAGAGACUCAGGCACCAACGCCCAGGUCACCUACUCGCUGCUGCCGCCCCAAGACCUGCAUCUGCCCCUCGCCUCCCUGGUCUCCAUCAACGCGGACAACGGCCACCUGUUCGCCCUCAGGUCGCUGGACUACGAAGCCCUGCAGGCGUUCGAGUUCCGCGUGGGCGCCACAGACCGCGGCUCCCCCGCGCUGAGCAGCGAGGCGCUGGUGCGUGUGCUGGUGCUGGACGCCAACGACAACUCGCCCUUCGUGCUGUACCCGCUGCAGAACGGCUCCGCACCCUGCACCGAGCUGGUGCCCCGGGCGGCCGAGCCGGGCUACCUGGUGACCAAGGUGGUGGCGGUGGACGGCGACUCGGGCCAGAACGCCUGGCUGUCGUACCAGCUGCUCAAGGCCACGGAGCCCGGGCUGUUCGGUGUAUGGGCGCACAAUGGCGAGGUGCGCACCGCCAGGCUGCUGAGCGAGCGCGACGCAGCCAAGCAGAGGCUGGUGGUGCUGGUCAAGGACAAUGGCGAGCCUCCGCGCUCGGCCACCGCCACGCUGCACUUGCUCCUGGUGGACGGCUUCUCCCAGCCCUACCUGCCUCUCCCGGAGGCGGCCCCGGCCCAGGCCCAGGCCGACUUGCUCACCGUCUACCUGGUGGUGGCGUUGGCCUCGGUGUCUUCGCUCUUCCUCCUCUCGGUGCUCCUGUUCGUGGCGGUGCGGCUGUGCAGGAGGAGCAGGGCGGCCUCGGUGGGUCGCUGCUCGGUGCCCGAGGGCCCCUUUCCAGGGCAUCUGGUGGACGUGAGCGGCGCUGAGACCCUGUCCCAGAGCUACCAGUAUGAGGUGUGUCUGACGGGAGGCCCCGGGACCAGUGAGUUCAAGUUCUUGAAACCAGUUAUUUCAGAUAUUCAGGCGCAGGGCCCUGGGAGGAAGGGUGAAGAAAAUUCCACCUUCCGAAAUAGCUUUGGAUUUAAUAUUCAGUAAAGUCUGUUUUUAGUUUCAUAUACUUUUGGUGUGUUACAUAGCCAUGUUUCUAUUAGUUUACUUUUAAAUCUCAAAUUUAAGUUAUUAUGCAACUUCAAGCAUUAUUUUCAAGUAGUAUACCCCUGUGGUUUUACAAUGUUUCAUCGUUUUUUUGCAUUAAUAACAACUGGGUUUAAUUUAAUGAGUAUUUUUUUCUAAAUGAUAGUGUUAAGAUUUUAAUUCUUUCCAACUGCCCAAGGAAUUAAUUACUAUUAUAUCUCAUUACAGAAAUCUGAGGUUUUGAUUCAUUUCAGAGCUUGCAUCUCAUGAUUCUAAUCACUUCUGUCUAUAGUGUACUUGCUCUAUUUAAGAAGGCAUAUCUACAUUUCCAAACUCAUUCUAACAUUCUAUAUAUUCGUGUUUGAAAACCAUGUCAUUUAUUUCUACAUCGUGUAUUUAAAAAGAAAUAUUUCUCUACUACUAUGCUCGUGACAAAAUGAAACAAAGCAUAUUGUGAGCAAUACUGAACAUCAAUAAUACCCUUAAUUUAUAUACUUAUUAUUUUAUCUUUAAGCAUGCUACUUUUACUUGGCCAAUAUUUUCUUAUGUUAACUUUUGCUGAUGUAUAAAACAGACUAUGCCUUAUAAUUGAAAUAAAAUUAUAAUCUGCCUGAAAAUGAAUAAAAAUAAAACAUUUUGAAAUUUGUGGUUGA